AUGCAGCUCUCCGCGGCGCAGCUCUCCAACUGGCUGCUCGAGGCGCUGCCCGAGGCGCCGUCGGUGGACAAGGCCGACCGCUGCUUCCGCCUCUUCGACCUCAAGUCGCUGCGAGUCGGCUCGCUCGAGCAGUCUAGCUCCCCGCCGCUCUUCGGAUCGCUCGCCGAGUGGUUCGACGCGCAGCGCGCGCUCUACGCGACCAAGGUGCCGUCGGAGGCGGUGCAGGUGCUGCUGCGCGUCUUCCUCGAGCCGCAGCAGGCGCUGCGCCUCGGGCUGCACCACGCCUCCUUCUCCAUCGACUGGAUGAGCGUCAGCGAGGAGGCGGCCGCCGAGCCCAUCUCGGGCGCGCUGCUCCGCCGGCUCGGGAUGGCGUCGCGCCGGCCCCGCCGCAUGCUCCUGGUCGUCAUGUACAAGGCGGAGCGCUCGCGCAUCACGCAGGUGUGGGCGGAGAUGGACCGCGAGGGCCUCGCCCUCAAGAAGGGCGCGCAGCUCGACGACCCUCUACCUCUAUUACGUAUUAGUCGCCUUUGCUGA